AAUACACAGACCUGUCUGAAAUGAAGUCAUAUAUCCUUUAAAUUUGAUUUCAGGUUUAGUAAGUAGUUGAAAUAGAUAAAUAGUGAGAAUGGGAGAUGAUUCAGAAUGGAUGAAAUUGCCAACAGAUGAAAAAGUUCAACAUAAGGUUUGGAAGGCAAGAUUGGCUGGGUAUGAAGAAGCUACCAAAUUAUUUAAAGGUUUAGAGGAAAAGAGUCCAGAAUUUGGUAAAUAUGGUGGAUUGAUGAGGAAGUUUGUUAUUGACAGCAAUGCUGUUGCUCAAGAGAAAGCAUUAGAUGCUGUAUUGUUGUUUGUUACAAAUUCUCAUACAGCUGGAAGAUCUUGUGCUGAUGUUAUGAAUGGUAUUGUAACUAAAUGUUUAAAUGCCAGUAAACAAAAAACUAAAGAUAAAGCUAUGGAAACAAUUAUGAUGUAUGUUGAAAUUGAAAAACAAGAAGCUGUACAGGAAGCACUAAUGGCUGGUUUAGAGAAUAAACAACCAAAAAUAGUAGUUGGAUGUAUCACAGCUCUUCGUAUUGCUUUAAGAGAUUUUGGUACCAAGAUUAUUACAGUUAAACCAAUAAUUAAAGUUUUACCAAAGUUAUUAGAAGAUAGAGAUAAAAGUGUACGAGAAGAGACUAAAUUAUUAUGUAUUGAGUUAUAUCGUUGGAUUGGUGCUGCUUUAAAACCUCAAAUGACACAUUUUAAACCAGUUCAGGUACAAGAAUUAGAAACAGAAUUUGAAAAAUUACCUUCAGAAAAAGCCAAACAAGCCAGAUUUUUGCGAUCUCAACAGGAUUUAAAAGCUAAAAUGGAGGAAGAAGCUCUAAAUGAAGAGGCUGGUGGUGGUGGUGAUGCAGAAGAUGAUGGUGCUUCUGAAGAAAUAGAUGCUUAUGAAUUAAUAGAAGCUGUAGAUAUUCUAGCACUAUUACCUAAAGACUUCUAUGAUAAGAUAGAAGCGAAAAAAUGGCAAGAAAGAAAGGAAGCUCUAGAGGCUUUACAAAAAUUGACAGAAAAUCCAAAAAUUGAAAAUGGUGAUUUUGCUCCUUUGAUAAAGUGUGUUUUAAAGGUUAUAGCUAAAGAUACCAAUGUAAUGUUAGUUGCUUUAGCAGGAAAAUGUUUAAAAGGAAUAGCUGUUGGUUUGAGGAAGAAAUUUUCACCAUAUGCAGGCAAUAGUAUGUCAACUAUAAUAGAUAAAUUUAAAGAAAAGAAACCAGCUGUAGUAACAGCAUUAAGAGAGGCCAGUGAUGCUGUAUAUCAAACAACAACAUUAGAGAAUAUCUCUGAAGAUUGUGUUGCUGCAUUAGAAAAUAAAAACCCACAAAUUAGAGCAGAAACAGCCUUAUUUCUGGGUCGCUGUUUUCAACGCUGUACUCAAUCUAGUCUACCUAAGAAAAUGUUAAAGAUGUUUUGUACAAGCCUACUUAAGACUGUCAAUGACACAACUGGUGAAGUACGUGAAGCCUCAUUUCAAGCGCUUGGUACUGCCAUGAAAGUUGUAACAGAGAAAAAUAUAACACCAUUCUUAAAUGAUGUUGAUAAUAUUAAAAUGGCUAAGAUUCAAGAAUGCUGUACUAAUGCUGUUUUAUUGAAUGCUAAAGGUGAACCUAGAGGAGGUUCAGCUGCAGCAGGAGGAGGAACAGCUUCUGCACCUUCUGGUCCUAAAAUUGUUAAACCUAAAGCAGCUGCUGCCAAGCAACCAGAAGCCAAGCCAUCAGCGCCUGAAAGUUCCAGUGCUAAAGUUGUCAAACCAGGUGGUAAAAAGAAGCCAGCAGCAGGUGGUAAGGGUGGUAAAGCUGGUAAAAAAGGCAGUAGUAAAGAAGAAGUUGUAGAAAAUGCUCUUUCUGAUGAAGCAUUAGAAGAGAAGGCAGCUGCUCUUUUACCAGGUGAUACACUAGCUAGUUUAACCAGUUCUAACUGGAAGGAAAGGUUAGCUGGUAUGGAGAAGAUGACACAGGUGGUAAAGGGUCUUGCUAGAGAUGAUAUACCUUGUCAAGUUUGUGUGAGAGUUAUUGAUAGAAAACCAGGUCUCAAAGAUACCAAUUUUCAGGUGUUGAAAUUAAGAUUGGAAUUAAUAGCUCAUCUUGCCAAAAACAGUGUAUUUAGUAAGCGAUCCGCUGAGUUUUGUUUAAGUGAAAUAGUAGAUAAAAUAGGGGAUGUUAAAAAUGGUGGAGCAGCACAAGAAGCAUUGAGUUGUAUCGCUGAAGCCAUUGGAUUAGAUUAUGUUAGCCAAGAGGUUGUGAAACUAGCCUUCACUCAGAAAAACCCCAAAAAUCAAUCUGAAGCUUUAAAUUGGUUAGCCUUGUCAGUUAAAGAGUUUGGUCUCAAAAUCAACAUCAAACCAAUGUUAGAAACUAUCAAGAAGGCAUUUGCUGCUACCAAUCCUGCUGUCAGAACCUCAGCUAUAUCAUUAUUAGGUGUUGUAUAUAUGUACAUGGGUAGUACAUUACGUACAUUCUUUGAAAGUGAAAAACCAGCUUUACUGCAGCAAAUAGAUGCUGAAUUUGAGAAGGUUAAAGAUCAGAAACCCAAUCCACCAACUCGAGGACUGUCACCAGCUGGAAGUGGAGAUGGUGAUGAGGAUGAUGAAGAGAAGGAAGAAGCUCAAGAAGUUGCUAUUGAAGAUUUAGUGCCCAGAACUGAUAUAAUAGAGAAAAUUACUCCAGAGUUACUGGAACAAAUGGCUGAUAAGAAUUGGAAAGAAAGAGGAGAAGCUUUAUCUAAAGUAACAGCUAUACUAAAUGAAGCUAAAUUUAUAACAGCUAAUAUUGGCACUUUACCAGAUUCGUUGAAAUUAAGAUUAGCAGAUUCCAAUAAAAUUAUGGUUAACACUACAAUUGGUAUCUGUCAGACUUUAGGCACUGCUAUGGGUCCACAUUGUAAAAAUCAUGUAAGAGUUAUUGCCCCAGGAUUGAUAUCUUGUAUGGGAGAUACUAAGCCACAAGUAAGAACUGCUGCUACCAAUGCCCUCAAUGUGUGGAUAGAUCAAACUACAUUAACACCUUUAGUAGAGUCUGAAGCUUUAAGUGAUGCUCUGAAAGUAGAGAAUCCCAAUUUAAGAACAGAGCUAUUAUCAUGGUUAUGUGAGAAACUACCAACACACAGGGUUUUACCCACUGAAAUCCGAGGUUGUAUACCAAAUGUCUUAGCUUGUUUAGAAGACAGAAAUGGAGAUGUCAGAAAGAAAGCACAAGAUGCUCUGGUACCAUUUAUGAUCCAUACAGGUUAUGACAGCUUCUUAAAGGCCUCCUCAAAGUUAAAGCCUGCAUCCAAAGAUCAAAUUAUGGCUAUUUUGGAGAAAGCCAGAGGUAAUCUACCAGCUAAAGCACCUAAAAGUAAAAAAUCUGCUCCGGCUGCAGCCCCCACACAAGCUAGUCAGCCAAAUUCAAGAUUUGAUGAUAUUGAAGAUGACGAACCUGCACCUGCAAAGGAAACUAAAAAAGAACAAGCAUCAAAGAAAGUUGUUGGCAAAGGAAAAGCAAAGGCACCAGCAGCAUCUAAUAAAAAGAAAGAAGAAGAAGAUUUAAGUCCUAUCAUGACUGUAACAGUUCCUAAAGAACAAAGGUUUAAAGAGGAGAGAAAUCUCAAGGUUCUUAAGUGGAAUUUCACAGAAAUUAGACCAGAAAUUAUUGAACAAUUAAAUCUACAAAUGGAGAAGAAUUUUAACAAAACCAUCAUGGGGCAUCUGUUUCAUAAAGAUUUUAAAUUUCAUAUCAAGGCUAUUGAACUAUUGUCAAAGAACCUAGAAAACCUUCAAGAUGAAACCCUGGCAAAUUUAGAUUUGAUAUUGAAGUGGUAUACAUUAAGGUUCUAUGAUACCAAUCCUAGUAUGUUAAAUAAAGCACUAGGAUAUCUUCAAGAUUUAUUUGUAAUGUUAGCUGAUAUAGAUUAUCAUCUACAUGAUCUAGAGGCUGCUGCUUUUAUACCUUAUCUUAUCAUUAAGGUUGGUGAUUCUAAAGACAAUGUAAGACGUGAUGUUCGACAAAUAUUUAAAUUAUUGUGUCAAGUUUAUCCAGCCAGUAAAAUGUUUACACAUCUUAUUGAUGGUUUAAAAUCUAAAAACUCGAAACAGAGGGCAGAGUGUUUAGAAGAAUUGGGAUGUUUGAUAGACUCUUAUGGUAUAGCUAUUUGUCAGCCUACACCAGGACAAGCACUGAAAUCUAUAGCUUCACAGAUUAGUGAUAGAGAUAACUCUGUUCGGAAUGCUGCUUUAAAUACCAUUGUUAUAGCUUAUGGUCUCAUUGAUGAACAAGUCUUCAAAUAUGUAGGAAAUUUAAAUGAUAAAGAUAUGAGUUUUCUACAAGAAAGAUUAAAGAAAGCUGCUAGUAAACCUAAAGGUCCUAAAAUAAACAAUGAACGUCCACAGUCAGCGAGACCAGCUGUACAACCACAACAACCAAGUGUGGUACAGAGACCACAUACAGCUCAAGGUAAAGUUAAUCAUACUGCCCAUAAGAAACAGUUUUUAGAUGUUGAUAUAGAUGAUAGUGAUAUAUCUACUCCUGAUUUAAUACAAGUUGAUAUUGAUGAUAUAUAUGAGAAAUUACCAACACCUACUACCACGGUCAAACCACGACCUUUGUCUACAACUAUUGGAUUUGUCAUAUCACAAAUAACAAAUAAAAAUAUUAAUACUUGUAUACAAGCCUUAGCACAGAUUGAUGAAGUGUUAAAAGAUAAAGAAAGAAGUGAGAUAUUAAUAGAACAUGUAGAUCAACUAGUCUUAUUAUUAUCUAUGCAGUUUAAAAUGGUGUAUUCAACUUGUAUGGGUGAUGAAAGUACAUCUAAAGAUGAUGUUAUAAGACUCUAUAGAUGUUUACUUUGUACUUUAUUAGCUACAUUUCAACAUGAAGAGUUAGCUAAGAAAGUAUCUAAAGAUAUAUUAAAAGACACGUUAAAUAGUUUAGUGACUAUAUUACUAGAUAGUAGAUUGAUGGAUUUAGAUGAGGGACCACAAGUUGUACGUACUGUUAAUGUUACUGUGAUUAAAAUAGUAGAAAAUGCUGACUAUACUAAUAUUAUGAGUGCUCUAAUUAGUUUAUUACAAGAUUGUGCUGGUAGUGAAACUUGUACUCCAAAGUUCUUAGAACUUAUUAUGAAGUGUCUAUGGAGGUUAAUGAGAAUGUUACCUAAUACUAUAAAUGAGUUAAAUAUAGAACGAACUCUACUGGAUUGUCACCAGUUUUUAAGAGCCUUCCCGUCUAGUAGUUGGAAAGAGAGAUCAAGUGACCUACCAUUACGUACUAUAAAAACCAUUUUACAUUCCCUUGCUACACUUAAAGGCAAAAAGAUCUUAACCCACACUAGUCUGAUAUCUUCAAGUGAAAAUUCAGAAAUUGAGGCAUACUUACAGAAAAUAUUGAAAAAUGAUGUUGCCAGUACAAAUGCUAAAAAUGAUGAAAUGAAUACAGAAGAGAAGCCACAAAAGCCCAGCAAAUCCAGAGUUAGCUUCUCUAAAGGAACUCAAGACUCAUUAGGUGAAAUCUUUAAGAAGAUUGGUUCAAAAGAGAAUACGAAGGAAGGAUUAAAUGAUCUUUAUGAUUUUAAAAAGAAACAUCCUGAUGCUGAUUUAAUGCCAUUUUUAAAGAAAACUUCCCAGUUUUUCCAAGAUUAUGUUGAACGGGGAUUAAAAAAUAUAGAAUUAGAAAGAGAAGGCAAGAAGUUCAAUUCAGGUGAUGUUUCAACUAGUUCAACAGCUACAACAACAUCUAAUAGUUCAACAGCAGCUGGCAUAGCUGGUAGUAAUACUGACAGUACAGCUAAUUUUUAUCUAGAAAGAUUAAAAGCUAUACGUUCUCAAUGUGGCUUGGACAAUUCUGGCCAACAGACAAAUGAGAAACCUCAGCCUUUACGUCCAUUAAAACUAAGUGAAAGUGGUAAUAAUAGUAGUACAUGUAGUAGUACUGAAUCAUUAACUGUGUCUGACAUCAAUUAUAAGCCAGAAGAAGAAGAAAAUGAAAAGCCAGCUGCGUCUGCUGUAGAUGUUACAGGAUUGAAAAUGAGAUUAGAGAGGAUUAAACAAUUAUCCAAUAAAAACUGA